UGGGAUCUUCCUCAAAGCCUCUGAAGGAACGGGCACAGCUGACACCCUGAUCUUAGGUUCUCAGCUUCCAGAACGAGUCAUUCCACGACUUCAAACCUGACAACCUUGGACCACACAGAGUCUUGCUGGUAAGAACAACCACUGAAGAUGUCCAGCAAAACGGCAAGCACUAACAACAUAGCCCAGGCGAGGAGGACUGUGCAGCAGUUAAGAUUAGAAGCCUCCAUCGAGAGAAUCAAGGUCUCCAAGGCUUCUGCGGACCUCAUGUCCUACUGCGAGGAGCACGCCAGGAACGACCCCCUGCUGGUGGGCAUUCCGACUUCCGAAAACCCUUUCAAGGACAAGAAGACCUGCGUCAUCUUGUAGUGGAAGAGCGGUGCCACGCCUCGCCCCUCUCAGCAAGGCAGGCUGCGUCCGACCAGCUCCUUGGAGAGGUUCCCCUGCGGCUUCUUUGGUGUAACCACUGCUAAUAACAAAAAUGCUCUUCCCUUGGAAUCCUGGACUCUGAAGUCUUUAUUCUCCACGCUGCCCUUUCUCUAAAAGACCCUCGACUGAGUCCAUAGAGAGUACCUGUUGUGUGUCCCAUUUGGUAACUGUGGUGUCAACGUGAGUUAGUGAAUAAGGAACGUUGGUCUUUAAAACACAUAGACGUUCAAAGAUACAUGUCAUUCGUCUGCUGAGUCUUGAGUUGCCUAAGCACUUGUCUAGAUUAAAAUGCUAAGAAUUACUUAGAUACUAAAGCCUUUUCACUCGUUUUGUGUUAUUAAAUAGAGUUUGUGCCAAUCUGUACAGUAUCUGACAGUGUGGGGUAGGUGGGAGUUGGUGGUUUUAGGUGUAUGUGUGUGUAUAUAUAUAUGUCUUCGUGUUGUAUACAUGGAUCAAAGAGUUUAUUUCCUAGUUGAAGCUUUUUUUCUGUCUCCGUAUUAGCAAGUCAUCAACUCCCAGAGUUGCUAUCUUCAUCGUGAGCGGUAGGGAGGUGGGUAGAACCAAACUUGCUUUCUCAGAGUCACCGUGCCAAAAUGAAGGGACUUCCAAAAGUGUCAGUUCACGGGAAAGCAGAGGCCAGAGCCUGCCCCCCUCUCAAAACCUUACGGGGCCUCUUGGGCGACAAAAACCUGUGCCAAUUAAAAUCUAAAAACCAAACUAAAAUGCCUUUUUUUCUAUUAGGAGGUAUUCGUUCACAAGGGCCCUGGAAAGGGGGAGGGGCCCCUGGGUGGAGACCCAGACGAGACUGAUGCUGGAGAGAGGCGGACGAGGGCCGUGAGCUGAGCUCCGUGAGGAGCUCAAGGGUGUACCAUCCAGCUUGUCACCGCCCAGCUUUGGACUUUUAGGCCUCUCGCUCGCCACUUCCCUCCAUCUUUCCUCGACCAGAGCAUCCACUUUCAGGCAGGAUGCCUGCCUCUCCAGCCCCAGGGGGGUCAUAAUCCGUACACCGUCCUCGGCUAUCUGCAGUGUCGUUGCCACCCUGUCCACAACCCACUCCAUGAAGAGCGGCUGCUCCCUGGGCCCACCUGUUCCAGCAGCCAUGUAUUGAGUUCCUUCUCGUGGCCACAGGGCAUUCUGACUUUGUCGAAGAGGAAGAGAGGCCUUUUUAAAAUCCUGAUCUGGGAGUCCAAACCAUACACUAAGCCUUGACUGUUUGGAUCCCUCUUCAGCUCCUUAAAAGUGACUUCUCAUGAAGGGCCUCAUUUCUACACGGAGGAAUUAUUUACGAUCUGUGCAAUCAGCCCAUCCAUUGCAAGCCCCUCUCAAGAUCUGUGGUGCGGGCUUUGAAUAUUCGGUCCAUGAUGUGUGUGCAGAUGCAGUGCUCUUGGAAAACUGCUCAGCACUUGUAUUUCCCCAAGGCUCCUUGUGAAUUGCCCUCACUUUCCCAAGAGCACGUCAGAACCGAGCCAGCCCUUCUUCGCAGUUCCGCAGCAUAGGUAGCAGCCAGCUCCCGGGAAAUCAUAGGCGCCUGGGUAGGAGAAAGGAUGGUUCUGACUUUUCAAAAGAGGGGACCUUUGAAAUGCACAUUAGACAGACAACUUUACACCAGAGGCUUCUUUUUCCCAUACCUCUAUUUUUCUGCCAAUAGUUUCAGAGCACCAAUCUUAUUUUUGCUCCAAUGUGUAAAAUGUUUCUGUAAGUAUUUAUAAUGCAGCCUCUUAGAAGACACUUCCAUGAAAUGACUUUGACGCCACUGUCUGUACGUCACUGGUAGCGAGCGUGGUGGACUCUCGAGUACAGCAUUCUCUUUACCCAUCUGGAACCAAUGCCUGCCCGUUGUUUGCUAGCAUGCUUAUCAUGCGAUGGCGUGAACCCGAGGUCCCAGAAGACUUCAUGUUCCUUUCAGGCUAAAAGGCUAUGAGGGGGAAUGCGGUGCAACUUGCCGACCAGGUGUAGACUACAUUGAAGAAAAAGCAUGGCUCCCAUCCUAUGAUGCCGGACCCAAGGGCAGGCGAGAUGCACUUAAAUGUUAAUUUACUUAUAACCAGAGUCUGUAUGGAAAAAUCUGUGUCUGUAGAUAGGCUCAGAAGCCACUUUGACUUAGGCUUUCUUAGACUUCUGGAAGCCUGCUUUAACAGCCCUCCAGCAUUGGUUGAUGAUGAUGACAGACAGGUGUCCAUCGUCUGGGAUUUUCCCAGCUCUGACUCUCGUGGACACUUACUGACACAUGCAACCCCUUGGCGUCAUUUCCAGAGAGCUAUUUGAAUACGCUCAGUGCACUGUGCCCUUUAGUGGAGCGGGGCUCCUGUUAACCACAGUAAUAUCGCUUCGCCUCUUCAUUCUAAAGCCCUCGUCCGUUCAACAUAAGUCUGUCCAGCUGAAGCCUCCAUGCCCUGUAAAGAUGUGCGAGACAUUUUAUGAUUCCCGAGUAUUUUACAAAAAGCAUUUUUUUCCAAUUAGCAAAACACUUUAUAUACAAGUUGGUUCUCAAGCUCUGUGUUACAGCUACUCUUUUUUUUUUUUAAAUAAAGAAUCCGGUUUCUAAAUGUCCCUAUCUUAUUAAAACGAAAGGUGCCAAUCUAUUAAGGGAAAGACCUCUCCAUUUGAACUGGUUUUUAUACUUCACUAAUCUUUACAUGCUCAGAAGAAAACUUUAUACAGCGAUUUAGUCUUUGUGAGACACAAGCUAAUGAGGCAGUAGAGAUGUGCCCAACCUCCUCUUCAGAGUCCGCCUCUCUGACCCCUCCUCCCCCCAUUUCUCAAGCAGAUCGUCUAUCGGACUGGCCACGCAGCAUUCUGAUUCCUGAGAUAGAGACCCAAGAAGCGAAUUGCAGUACAUAUCUGUCCGUUAUCCAUCCAGUAGUGUCAGAAUGUGCUCUGGAUUUAUUGGUGUCCUGUAUGACAGCCCUGUGGGUGUACCUAAUCUGCAAGCAUGAUGAUGUGUAUUCAGAUGGAGAGCAUUUAACGUGCAGUGGGUGGCCUGGCUGGCUGCCCCGUGCCAUCUUCCUGCCAACCCUGUGUGGUAUGACUGUGGACAAGGCGCUUCACCUCUCUGGACCUCCGUGUCUCCAUCUGUAAAAUGGGUUUGAAAUCCCUGGUGGCUGAGAGCUCUGUUCUCAGAGGCUUUAACCCAAUGGUCCUGCCCCUCCCUUGGUCCUACCAACAUGUUGGUGCUAUAAGCUGCUUCAAAUACUAAAUCGGUAUGUCUAUAAUAUACGUUCUUUAAUAGCUUAUCAGAGGCCUUUCUGUUAUGUAGCUUUCUUCGCCCUGGUUGUAUGGAUUUGGUUACUGUAAUUAUGUCUUCGUUUUACCCAUGUAAACACAUUCUCUUGAUGUCUCAAUUUGUGUCUGAUAUGUAGUUGAUGAGAUUUUGUGAUUUUAUAACAUUCUUUGGCUCCUCACCUGUCCAGCAUCUGAGUAUAACCUUACCACUGUGAUCACUGUGUGGCAAUCUAUGCUAUGGAAAGAAUAAAAGCUGUUACUUCACCGCAAA